GCCUUUCUUCGUAGAGGUGGCGGAAUGUAAGGCUCUAGGUCGGCGACUCCUCAGCAUUGUCGUGCCCUCAAAAUUUGCGCUGCCGUCAGACUAGUCAACGUUAAAUAAUGGCCGCCCUCGAUUCAUAUUACUCGCCGUCUCCUUUUUUCACUCCACCAACGACCAAAAAAAUGCGUCUACCAUCAUAUCGCCAGUCCCAUUUGCUUCGCUACCACCCAUAUCCACGGGUGACUCCCAGCCGCCAGGCUAUAGUGAAUGCGAUGGACGAAGGGCUAAAUAAUUACGAGGAUUUCGACGAUAAUCCACCAAAUUUUUGCCUCCCGGUUUUAUAUGGAUACGACGAGCUCGAGGUGGCCUUGAGAUUAGAGGCAGCGCUCGGAGUUAUGAACGAGGGCGCCAUUCCACGUCGCCGCAUCACGCAUCUUAUUCUAGAUCUUGCCUUUCUUCUUCAAAGACAGCGUUUUUUGCGCCAGACACGCAGGUUCAUGGAGGUCCUUGGCUCCCAUGCAUCUAGCUGAACGACAUGGAACCGGAAUGAUCUGAGUCGGUGGUUGGAACAAACAUCCUAUUGUAUAUAAUAUGGUUCAAGUUCGUAUAAUCGUAUAUGUUUUCUCUUA